UCGCGCUGCUCGCUGCUCUUUUUUGAAAAGGGAAAUGCGUGAAAUUCGUGCGCCAUUUCCACCAGACCAGAGUUACGCGCCGUAGCUGUGUUUUUCACUCAGUCCCACCAGUCGCCGUCGCGUUACGUCACGAUAGCAGUUGUAGAAUUGUAUAUCGCCAAACGGUAAAUAUUGAAGGGAGUUUUCUUGGCUUGCCGUGGGUUUUCCUUUGAAGCGGCUCUCGCACACACACACCACCCGCGCUGAAUUUUCCUUGGCACCCAUAAAAUUUGGAAAAAAACACAUGUGUCUCUCUCUCUCUGUGUUUUUGUUUUUUCGGCUGCCCAAGUAGACGGCGCGUAGUUUUUCACUUUGACGGGAGUUUUCCUUUCGGUCGUCGCCUCACACUCAUUUCUAAUUGUGAUUCGUAGGAAGUAAGUUCUCUAGUGCAAAAUAUAUGUUCAAAUAAAAUAGUUAUAAAUCGGAACACAACAAUAAAUACAAGCAAACACCACCAAAUAUCGAAAAGAAAUAGAAAGAAAAAACAAGAAUCCAUCUUAAACUCGUCGUCCCAUCGUCUUUUGGUCUUCUUGUUCUUGUUCUCAACGUCCGUUAAAACCACGCAUCAGGAUUGAAUAAUAUAUAUCGAGAUAUAUACAUACAUAUAUCUAUGACAAGCGUAUACCAGAGAUAUAGAUGAUAAGCAGCAGCAGCAGCAGCAGCGUUCGGGAAAAGCACUUGCAACUGUAACUGUAAACGGUGUCCCCUCACGUAAGAAACGUAACGACGUAUUGGCAACCAAUCGGAAAUCUAACGAUUUCGAGAAUCCGCCAGUCAGCAAAAAAGGAGCACAUCAAACUGUAUACAUGCGUGCUACAACUAAACCAGUGGAAACCAUCUCUAUAGUCCCAGCUGCCGCAUAAUCGCCUCGCCAUCUAAUCCGAUCCGAUUCGACUCGAAUUCGAUAUAGUCCAACAGCCGAGCCGCUCGAUCCAACGAACGGCAGCGAGAAGAACUCUUUGGCCAGCGCGCACCCCCAAUCUCCAGCCACAGCCUCAAGAUUCUGCCCUUCGGAGCCCCCAACUUUCGUCUGGAGACGACACCCGCAGAGAUGCACAAAAUCGCGGCAGCGCCGCCUCCAACGGCAGCGCCCGGCGGAGGACUGGAGACGCCCCUGGCGGCGCCCAAAUACGGCACAUUAAUACCCAACCGCAUCUUUGUGGGCGGCAUCAGCGGCGAUACCACCGAGGCCGAUCUGACCCGCGUCUUCAGCGCCUACGGAACGGUAAAGAGCACCAAGAUCAUCGUGGAUCGGGCAGGCGUCAGCAAGGGCUACGGAUUUGUCACCUUCGAAACGGAGCAGGAGGCGCAAAGACUGCAAGCGGAUGGUGAGUGCGUGGUACUACGAGAUCGCAAACUGAACAUUGCACCGGCCAUCAAGAAGCAGCCCAAUCCUCUGCAAUCGAUUGUGGCCACGAACGGAGCCGUCUACUAUACCACCACGCCGCCGGCACCGAUGAGCAAUAUACCCAUGGAUCAGUUCGCAGCCGCUGUAUAUCCGCCAGUUACUGACUUUACAGCCGCUGGAGUGCCAGCCAUCUACCCACCUUCAGCCAUGCAAUAUCAGCCAUUCUAUCAGUACUACAGUGUGCCAAUGAAUGUACCCACCAUUUGGCCUCAGAAUUACCAAGGAAUUUAUCCAUGUUAACUUUGAGGAUGCAGCAACAGCAACAAUAGUGAUGCUACUACUACUACUACAACAACAACAACAACAAAAAUCCACAACAACAAAAGUAGACUAUAAAGCAUAAAUAGAAUUUAUAUAAACUCACACACACUGAAAAACGCACCACAGCUGCAAUUUCGGAAAUGUUUAGUCAAAGGAAAUCAUCAUAUAUUGAAGGCAGAAGGUAGACGCUCUGGAAGGACACUCACCCACACAAGCACACCCUCACACCUACACACAAACACGCAAACGCAAGGAAACCAUUGCAAAAUGCUGUAAAGUAAGCUGCUUAUGUUAUUAGAGAUGUUUGGGGUGUGCGAGUGUGAGUGAUGAGUGAUGGGGGAUAACAUUUUGGUAGAGGAAACAUUUAUGAUGUGCAAUUAGCGGUGGAACGGGGGAGGGUAAAAGGAACAGAGGGGCUAUAAUAGGGAACGUUGACAAAACUGCAGUGUGUGUGUGUGUGGUAAGUCAGCAAGUGAAAGACAGAAAAAUACAUGUAGAGGCAGUGGAGAAGGGGGGAGAACUUAAAACCAUAUUUAAACUAUACUAUAUAGGAAACAUCAUGCUAAAUACACACAACUGGAUUAUACAGAGGCAGCAAAUGUGGAGAGCACUUACUAAAACCAAUACACACUCACACACACACCCACUCACAAACGUGCAGGACAACACACACUUAUAUAUAUGCUAUAUAGGGAAUAACUGAGUAAAAUUGCAUAACACACACAUAUACUAUAUAUGGUAGCUAAGAAAGCGGGGCAGCGAUCGAAGAUUAAAGACAUAAUAUUAUGCAUAAAUUAAUUUAUAUACAUAUAUACAAUACAUAUAAAGCGUAAAGUAAUUGUAACUCGUAACUGUAACUGUCCUACACAGACACAUACAGCAAUACAAAACAAAAAGAUGAAUAAGCAAAGGAGACGACAAAGUCAAGCAGCAAAGCAAGCACACACACACACUAAACACACACAAACACACGCACACCCACGAAUCCUGGGCGGAGAGUAUAGGAUAAUCUAUAAAGAUUGCCCCUAACUAUUCGAUCAGAAUUCGUUGAGAGGGAAAAAACCUAACUUGUAAGCCAAGCAAAAGAAAACUGAACGAAAUUUUAGUCUAAACGGAAAUACUAAAAGGAGGAAAAAGUAAAAAUCAUAAAAUCUAGCCACAUAAGCCAAGCAAAAAGUGAACUAAAUACAAAAAAAAAAACAAAAACUACAAUAAAGAUAUUCAAAAUAUGCUAGCUAAAAAAUGCGAAAAACAUACACAUAACUCCCGGCCAGUAUAAACGGGAGGCAUAUAUUAGAGAGACUAUUAAAGGAAAGCUAAACUCAAAGCUCUAGCGACAAGGUAAAUAGAUAAAAACUCAAGCAAUACAUAGACACUCAUAGGUGUGUGUUACACAAGAAUAUAGUUAAAUAUAUACGAAAAGCAAAAGCAAAAGCAAGCAAACGUAAAAGUAAAAUAAUAUAAUAAUUUAAUAAACUAAUGUACAAGAAAAACCAAGCAAAACAAGCAAAACUCUGCGAAAAUGUUGAUUUAUCAUUUCUGUUUUUCUAAACUCACUUAAGAUUCUGUUGUAUCUAUUGUUAUGAUGACAUGGCAUCAAACUAAUCAAAAACACGAACGAGAAAAGCAAGAUGUGUUAACCGAAAUUAUUUAAAGUAAUAGAGAACGCGUUGGCCAAACAUUUGCGGGGGCAGCCGGCGACCUGGGAGCGAAGAAUUUCAUUCAAAAUUGGUGCAUAAUUUGGCUGAAGUGAAGAAUCCCCAAACGGAAAAUUCGAUAUAAAUAUUUACAUAUACGUAUAUGCCUUAUUGAACGAAACUAAAUUAUUUGCCCACUAAAUACUGUUAUCGUAUUGUGACGAACGUAAUAAACCAACCCAGAGGUUUCAAAAAUACCUGCUAAAACAGAUGUCGCCGAGGUCGCCCAUCGCCCAUUGACCAUCUAAAUUCGAGACUCGCUGCCGCCGCAAAUGGACUUCGCUGCGAAGUUGUUGACAAAUUUUUACUAAAUUGUUAAAUAGUUAAAUACAAAACAUUUUUAAAUCGAAUUGUAACAAUAAUUAGAAAUCACUCUUUGUUGAAACGAAGCAACACAAAAUGUAAUGAAAUGGAAAGCAAUAAUUCACUUAGGCAUGCUCUAGUUAAAAACUAAAACUGAAAUCAAGUCGAAGAAGCAACAUAGAAACCACCAACCAAGAGUACUUACAUGUAUGUCAGUCAAUAGGGAUUUUAUUUAGUUCGAAGGCACGGGUUCAAAUCCUGGGAUCCCAGUAUCCCAGAGGAACCAAAUUGCUGGGAGAAAAGUGAGGUGGAGUGACAAAUUUAUGGGACAUGGUCUGAUUUCGAAAUGAGUUCAAUUCACUCUUUUUAUCCAGCCAUCCCAGCAAUUUUAUCUUCCGCAGACUAAUCAGAUAAAUAUCAGAUCAUAACUAAUAAAUCCAAGGCAUAACUUAAGUAUAUACGUGAUAUUUUGAAAGCGAAAAUUCAUAAAUAAAUUGUUUAGGUUUAAAACAAUAUUAAAUAUAUUAUACAGAUAUAUACAUACAUAUAUACAUUAUAAAGAUAAUGCCGAGGCAUAAUUAAAACCAUAACGAUUAAUUAAUUAAAUAAUGAAUGAACAUUUUUGCUGACAAAACAAACAAAAGAAAAACAAAAACCAAAACGAAAAAGAAAGAGACGAGUAAAAUGUUUGUAAACUCAAUUUAUUGUACGACUUGAAUGAAGGAGAGCGAAAAGAAGUUCUUAAGUUUUUACUGAACAGCAGCAAAGAGCAGAGAGCAGAUUGUCCCAUCGUAAAAAUCUAUUUAGUUUAUAUAUAGUGAAUAUUUAUAUUAUAUAUACAUAUAUUAAAUGAACAAAUGGCAAGUAACAAACAAACCAACAAAAAAGAAAUAGCAAUUAGACGAACGUAAAAGGAAAGUGAAAAAUUAUAUAUAUACAAUACAUAUAUAUCAUAGCGCAAAGAAUAAUAUAUAUUUUAAUGAAGGAACAUCAACUGAUUAAGUGCAGCUCAACUAAGAGCACAAAAUGUUUUUAGACUAAGUACCUACCUACCUAAAUGAAUUCAGCAAUUACAUAAUAUAUACAAGAGAUAGACGAGAACGCUGAGAAGGCAGAAUGCAGAAUGCAGGCCCAGAAGGCAGAUCAGUUUCUACUUCUAUGGAGUCUAAUUUGUAUAAUUAUAUAUACGUGCAUAUUACGAGGAUAAUGCCCCAUGAUCAUCACAGAGAAUAAAGCAAAAAAGAAACAUAUUUAACCACA